GUUCGCUUCGUUCUCGAGAUAUUUCUUAUGCAAUAAACCACUCGGUUUUUCCAACCUGUGUGCCUUUUUUGCAUACGUUAUUUCUUGAGAAUGAAUAGCAACCCAGUGAAAAAAACUUCAGAGCAAUGUUUCUCAGGUGAAACGAAGUGCACAUGCCAAAAUUCAGCUAGUUUUAAGUACUUUCAAAAAUGGCCGAAAAAUCUAGGGGACGUUCUUGCACGCAGCGUUUCAAUUAUAUAACGAAAUAACUUACUUGCUUCACCAUACUUAAGUGAUGGGGCUGUUUUCCUUUUGUCUUUCCCUGUAGCACUCAUAUUCUACACAAUAACUCAAGCAUAAAAUACACGUAUUGUUCUUGCAAACGGUCUUGAACAACUUUGAGCGCUCGAGCAACGACCCAAAGUUCCCGCCUAAACCAGAAACCUGACCAAAUAAGGCAACACAUAAAAUCCCGUAUGUUGUGCAACCGUGCAAAGAUCAGUGGUAAAUCUAGCAAAGUGACAUGGGCUAACCAAUCAAAAGAUCUGAAAGAUGGUGGAAGGCCAAGAUAUCUACGAUGAAAGUAAGGAAAAACCUUCCACUUCUGUGGCUAGUUCUUGUAAAAAAACACGGGCCUUACAACCAGUAUCUUUCUCAUCCAGGAACGAAGAUUCCACUGACAACUUUGAAGAAAUGGCCAGAAAAAAGCUUCGCGACUACUUCUACAUCGGAGGAUGAUGUAAGCUUAGUCACGAUAUCAAAUUCAAACGCUACCUGGAGGAGGAGCUCUUCAAUUGCUAUCUACUACAUGGAAACAGCUUCUGCUGAUUCAUCGCCCAGUUUUUUACACCAGACUGAUCUUUCUUCCGAAAGAGCUUUCUCUGAAUUUCCUUUCAACGAAUACAAGGCAGAUGAUGAUGACAGCGCACAGACCUUUGACUUCGAGACUCAUGAUCAAAGUGAUCAAUCCAACCUUCUAGAAAGUGAAGAAAUUAUAACGCCCACGGAGUCAGAGCAAGGCACUAUAUGCGCAGGUGAAGAUGGACAAGACGGCGUUGAAGAAUAUCUUGAGGCUCUUAUUUCUGGUGAAAGUGCUGACGACCAAAACACUGACCAAGAGGAGAAAAAGUUUGCAGAUGUUCCCUUGUAUGAUGGGGCACCCAUUAGUGUGGCAUUCAGCAUGUUGCUAAUUGUUACCUUCGCAAUUCAACACAGUUUAACCGGACUUGCGAUUGUUGAUUUGUUAACGCUUGUGAACCUCCAUUGUGCUUUGCCAAAUCAAUAUGCUUCUUCAAUGGGCCUUCUUAAGAAAUUUUUCAUGAGAUUAAAGAAUCCCAUCCAGUUUCACUAUUGUACUUUUUGUAUGGAAUAUCAAGGAUUGUCAAUACCAGAAGAUAAAUUGUGUAGAAACAGAUGCUGUUUGAAAGACCUAAGCAAGAAAGAGGAUAAUUCUUACUUCAUUAUUAUUCCACUUAUGUGCCAGUUGAGGGAUCUAAUUCAAACUUGCUGCAAUUGUGGCAUACAUUGUUGUUUAGAGGCUGGCAUUCUUGAUCUACUUAAAUAUCCAGUCACAAGAAAGAAGAGCAAUUCAGAUUGCAUUGAGGAUGUCCAGGAUGGACUGCUGGACAGAAAGCAUUUUGGAAGUGAUGGUUUUUUCAAGGGUGCUUCUGAUGACAAAAAGAAGAACAAACUCCACAUAAGCUUUCAGAUCAAUACUGAUGGGGUAGCUCUUUUCAGGUCUUCUAAGUACAGCAUUUGGCUGGUUUACCUUGUGUUGAAUGAGCUUCCACCAAACUGCAGGUACAAGUACAUGCAACUUUGGUUGAAACUAUAUUUUUAAGAGUAAGUUUACAGUUAUACCUACCCUGCAAUUUGGAUUCACCUCUUUACAAAUAGAUGCAACUCUAUUGGUCUUAUGCCUUUUGCUUACAAUUUCAUUGUCAUUUGUCUGUGUUUCUUCAUGUACUGUUGAUAGAUUUGCGGGAAAUCAAACACUUUAACUUCAGGAUUGAUGCAAAUGGCAGGUCAAAUAUGAUAACAUUCAAAUGUCCACUAACACACUCGUCUCCUCCCACAUGCAGACACCAAACUGUGGUCCUGGCGAUUUCUUAUCUUAAACACAACAUUUUUAACCUCCUGUAAGCAGAAACAGACAACUUUUUUAGGCUAGUCAGGGGAUACAAUAACCUUCCGCGAGAGAUGGUAAAACAAUAUCAAGAUAUUACAGAAAAUUGUUUUUAUCAUGACCUUCUUGUUAACAAUACAUACAUAUUAUUUGUUUGGAAGGUUUGCAACAUCCAAUAGCAUUUUUCUUGGAUUGUGGUUUGGUUAUAAGAGACCAGAUUUCUUGACAUUUCUGCAGCCCUUGAGCAAAGAAUUCCAUGAUAUUUACUCUAAAGAUACGCUUGGUAUAUCACUGUUCACUGGUCUGUAUAUCAUUGUUCUUCUUUUCUUUUAAUGUCUAAAUACAUGGACUUCCUCAAGAAUGGGUAGGACGUUACAAAAUUUUACCCAACUGAGUGCUCAAGAAAUUGUCUCUUGAUGAGGUAUUCUUGAUUGUAAGAGACCUGUUGCUUCAAGUUCAGUUGAUAAUAUAUAAUCAAUCCUUUUUCACGAUGACUCUUGGAAAAAAAGUCUUUUCAGAAUAGGUUUUAAGGGUUACAUUUGGGAAAGUUGGAUUGAUUUUUCACUUCCGAGGUGGUUACCAAAAAAAUUGUACAACAGAAACAGGUAAAAGCAGUUUCAGUAGUGGCAAUGCCUUGAUAAUUCAUCAAAGUUGCCAAAGCUAUGACGUUAUUCCCUAGUUUCUCAAACUCUGGGCAUUUUACAUUGUACAGGUGUUAGUUUAUUAUUCUAUUAGAUUUUAACUUUAUGUGAAUGGACUAAUUCAUUUCAUAAAUUUAAAUUUAUCAUGAGGUUUUGG